UAUUGACAAUAUUUUUUAGAUUAAAAAGUCCAAAUUUCCUAUCUAUCCUCCCUUACUUAUCCAAAUAAGAGGGUACGAUUACCCAAUUAUAGAAAGUUAUCAAAGUUGGGUUGCUAAGAUAAUAAGAAUAAUGAAUUUUCAAAUAUUGGACAGUUUUGCUAUGCCUUCACAAGACACUAACGUCAAAAGAUAUAAGCCCAAAUCAACAGAGGUGCACAUUGAAUAUAUCUUGAAAAUGUAUGAAAGAAUUUUUAAAGUAUCGAACGUUACUUCUAUUGGACUGCCAGUUCUCAUAAGAAUUUUAGAAGCUGGACUACCCGAAGGGGUACUAUUGGACAUUAAAGAGUAUAAGGCUGAAGAUGUGAAGCAUAGAUAUAUACCCGAUAAGCAGCUGUUAGAGUUAAAAAAAGAGUAUGAAAAAAGUAAAUAAAUUAACAUCUUACUGUAUAAAGAAGAAAAUU